ACGUUUUGUUUGGAGCGACAGUCGGGAUUUUUACCAAACCGGUCCCCUGAUCCGCCACAGCGGUAUUGAGGCUCGCGCUCCCCCUUUGAAGCAGCGCGCGGCCAGAGGGCUACCGCGCUCGCAAUAGCCAACAGUAACGCUUUGCUAAUACUCCGUAUUAUGUGACAUGACUUUAGGCCGAGUAAUGAAAGUGUUACAACAUUUCCAUCGUUCGCAGAGCUUGGCUGUUGCAAGACAAGGCGAACCACUCGAAGAUCGUGACAAGUUUGCUAUUGUAGCAUUUCCUGAAGAAGAUCACAGCUUGGCCAUUAUUCACAAAACAUGGCUCGUUGAAAGCACUGAAACGACAUUUUGGCCUAAGGAAAAAAAUCCUAACAAGCGUCGUCGAAUGACAAUCGAAGGCGUCAAACCACAAGACAGUUGGAUGCAGGUCAAAUGCCUGAUCAAGGACUGGGCUGACACAUAUGAGAAGGCGCUGGAGAAACUUCAGGCUCUGGAGUAUACGUCAGACUUCACUAGUGAAGAAGAGCUAGGUCGUGGCAAGCGAAAACGCCGUCCGACCUUUCCUUUUGACUAUGAUGACAGCACCGACACUACAGGUUCCGACGAUGAAUAUGAACCACCAAAACCACCCACGCCACCCCAGCCACGGAAGAAAACAGGUGCCAACUUCUCUAAGUCACCUCUGCAUCACUCUGCCCUGUACGAAACUGUCACGUCCCAAGCCACAUCCCAAGCACGUGCCCAGUCUUCACGCAUGCAGCCACAGUACAUAGGUCUCGACAAUGUCCAGCUUGUACACGCAUCCCACACGAACAGGAUGAUGUCCAGCCCGAGCAUCCAGCCUACAGGUGAUGACUUGGGUCCACCAGUGCACACACCAUAUGCGAACAUUUUGCCCCAUUCAAGUAUCCAGCCCACAGGUGUCCACAGCGUCCCCCCAGUGCACACUCUAUACAAGAGCAGGACACCUCACUCAAGCAUCCGGCCUGCAGGUGCCAAUGAUGUCCCUCUAGCGGCGGCAACACUGUGGCAGCAACACCACGAUGCACCUGUAACCCCUAUGAACAUGUCUCACCCUGGCACUGGACGGGUAAACACAGAUGCACAGGUGCCUGUGUUUAUGGAAAGGAUCCUGUUGGCACUGAAUUCCAUCAAGGUGACACAGCAGACCCACUCCGAGUACUUUAGCUUGCUGCUCAGAAACACCGAAGAUGCCCCACUUGAUCCAGAGGGCCUGCCGGACUUGCCUUUUUCUACAGUACAGGACUUCGUGCACUUUGACAAAGAGCUGGAGGUCGACAAGAGAGCAAGACUUCGUAUGAGACAACACAUGUUAGUUCAAGGAGGUGAUACACCUAAAGAACGGACCACCCGAAUUUUGAGAAGUAUACUAUCUUCAAGUGUCGCAGCCGAGUACAGCUGGUGUGGCGCCAAGGGAAAACACAAGUUUUCUGAUCUCAACAUCUGCAAGCUCCUGUGCAGCACCCUCACCUACCGUCAAAACUUGGAAGAAGCCAAGGCAACUAAGAAGGACAUAGAAAAAGCAGGCAUGUCGUGGCUCCGUCAUGCUGCUGAGCGGGCAGCGGCAGAAAAAAAGUCCAUGGGAAGGAAGGACGGCACACCAUUUACACUAGACUAAGAAAUCACUUCAACAGGGCAGCCCUUUGAAAGGAACUAUGCAAGUCUGUUUCUUAACGUUUUGCACUACAAUUUGCAACGGCGGUGCCCGCAGGGAGUGUGGUAAUGUAUCUGGAGAGCUACAUUUUCAAAGAAACAACCUAAUUGAGUAAAAGUUUAAAAGUCUGAAUGCUUUUCUCUACAUAUGGUGUUUGCUUGCUUAUGGCACACAUCUGAUUGUUGCAACAGCUGAUAAACUGCAGCAGCAGUUCACAAAUAAAAUACUCGCAUAGCAUUUUUGGUUUGGAAAAGACCGUCUGCUUUGACCGAGGGGGCCGUAUGUCGGCUGUUUCACCAGUCAGACUUGUGACGUUAGGCGAAUGCUGCAGAUAAGGAGAAGACAUUCCUAUUUUUUAACUUUCUUCUCAGGUAAAGCCAUUCAUUGAAAUUUGGAUGGAAAAUUUCACCACCUACGGAUACCAGUGUCGUAAAUUGUAGCACAGUACAUUAAGACAACAAUUUAUACAGUUCCUUUGAAGUGCCCUGUAUGUAAGAUGUGCACCAAUAUUUUUUUGGCAAUUCACUAUCGAUUCAAUAUUCUAACAGCCAUUCUGGCAUUUCAGUUUUGUGAUACUUUAUACAAGAUGUAUUUGUCACACUUGUUUACACUACUCUUUUCUAUGCAGUUCAUGCAUUUUUUCCUGUAUUAAGCAAGUUCAGAGUCACUGAUGUCACUUGCUUUUAGUAUAAAUUUAGCUAUUCAGUGCUCGACUGCUAUUGUAGACUUUGUGCAUUAUUUAAUGUAGAUGUCUGGUCUUGCUGACCUUGGUCACAUGGCAAUAUUUUUUCUAGAUUUUGCCAAAGUAAUUCUUUUGCACGACUUGCAUACAAUCAUUAUACACUGUUGGCCCCUAAGCUGAAAGGGGGUUAGUCAUUUUUACUGGCAUUACUGUCCUGCAACUUGCAUUUUUAGUACUUGGCAUGUACUGCUUCUAUGCCUUGCCAUAACUGUAUUUCAGUUUUAGAUAAUGUGUUAUUUUUUUUAUAAUUAACAACUCUAGUGCAAUACUGUGAUAACAUAUUCUAUGUUUCUGCACUUCAAAGGAAAUGUUUGAGUGAUAUGCAGAAGUAAGCAUUCUAGUGAAAUACUGUGAUAAUAUGAGGGGGCAUCAAAACGUUUCUGAACUGGCAUCCCUGAACAAAAACAAAACAAGUACAGCAGUGUGACACUUCCUGACAAGCUUGCAGUCUGUGCCGAAAUUUACUGUGCAGGGCGAGAGUGAUCUCUAGCUGUGCUUGUUUGUUCAGCAGGGAUUUGCAACUUUCUCACCGUGAAACACAAAUGAAAAACUCAAACCACGUCCAUACAUCAUUUUCUGUGAAAAUUGAGAAGAACACAUUAGAAACUCAGAAACUCCGUCAGCAAGCAUUCGGUGACUGAUCUAGGUUACACAAAUCUGUGAGUGGCAUGGACAUUUUAAGUGAGGCUGAGAAUGGCUUGAAAACAAUGAAUCAAGAGGAUGCCCUCCAACAAACCUAACAUUUAAAAAUGCAGAAAAAAUCCUCGUUAAUUCAGUAACACUUUCUGAGAACGAUUUCGGACAUUGCUGAACAACUCGACAUUAUUUAUGGUUCAGCAAUAUCCUAAAUGCGCUUCCGACGGUCUUCGUGAAAUAACAUAGAUUUUUUUUCGGCAUUCUGAAAUGUUAUGUUUCUCGGAGGGCAUUCUCUUCAUCGUCUCCAAGGAAUUCUUGGCCUUGCCUAAAAUGUCCAUGCCACUCACUUAUACAUGUUUUUACUAAAUCAUGGUCACCAAAUGCUUGGUGAGGAGUGUGUGGUAUUUUGACAUGUUCUUCCCAAUUCUCACAGGAAAUUUGAUGUAAACGUGCUGUUUGAGCUUUUUAUUUGCCUUAUGCAGUCAGAAAGUUGUGAAAUACCUUUUAAACAAACAAGCAUAGCUCGGAAUUCAUUUUGUCACCACACAGUGACUGGCAAGCCUGCUAGGAAGGGUCAGGUGUGUCGCACUGUGGUGCUGCAUUUUCUUUUUGUUCAGUGGUGGCUGUUCAGAUACUUAUUGAUGCCACCUCAUAUGUUAUUUCUCUGUCUUUGCUUUUUACAUUGAAAUAAUAAAGCUUUAUUUGUUUCGAGA